GCUCGCCUCCCGCCCGGCCCCGGGGGCCCCGCGCCCGCAGCGCCGGUGACUGCGUCCGCGCGGAGCACCCAGCCAGGGGGCGGGGAGGGCGCGGGGGGCGGGCAACGUGGCCACGGAGGAAGUUUCCUGAAGUUGCCGGCUUAUUCCGGAGCCCGGCCCGCCGCCCGGCCGCGCCGCGGACGCCGCCCCGCCCGGGAGAAGUCGGGAGUUGGGGCGCCGCGGGGAGGGAGGAGCCCCGAAUCCGAGAGCGGGCUUGCCUCCUCCUCUCGGCUCGCCCCUGGCCUUCGGGGCGCGCGCGGACCGGACUGGGACGGCGGACCCCCAGGAAGGCUUGGGGUCGCCGGCGCUGCCCCUGCCGCCCACCCACCGACCCGGGCCGGAGCGGCGUGGACAGUCUCCCGGGACCCCCGACCCCGCACCCCCGGAUUAUAAAACAGCGCGGAGGACACCCCUGCAAGGCUGGGCGCCAUGUGGGGGCUGCUGGUCUGGACUCUGCUGGCCCUGCACCGGAUCCGAGCGGCCGCAGCCCAAGAUGACGUGGCCCCCUAUUUCAAGACGGAGCCCGUGCGGACGCAGGUGCACCUGGAGGGGAACCGGCUGGUGCUCACGUGCAUGGCCGAGGGCAGCUGGCCGCUGGAGUUCAAGUGGCUUCAUAACAACAGAGAGCUGACCAAGUUCUCCCUGGAGUACAGGUACAUGAUCACCAGCCUGGACCGCACCCAUGCAGGCUUCUACCGCUGCAUCGUGCGUAACCGGAUGGGCGCUCUGCUGCAGCGGCAAACCGAGGUCCAGGUGGCCUACAUGGGGAGCUUCGAGGAAGGCGAGAAGCGCCAGAGCGUCUCCCACGGAGAAGCAGCUGUCAUCAGCGCCCCACGCAUCGCCAGCUUCCCACGGCCACAGGUGACCUGGUUCCGGGACGGCCGCAAGAUCCCGCCCAGCAGCCGCAUAGCCAUCACCCUGGAGAACACCCUCGUCAUCCUGUCAACGGUGGCUCCCGACGCAGGCCGCUACUACGUGCAGGCCGUUAAUGACAAGAACGGUGAUAACAAGACCAGCCAGCCCAUCACUCUUGCCGUGGAGAAUGUCGGGGGGCCUGCCGACCCCAUCGCCCCAACCAUCAUCAUUCCUCCCAAGAACACCAGCGUGGUGGCCGGGACCUCGGAGGUGACCAUGGAGUGUGUGGCCAAUGCCAGACCCCUGAUCAAGCUGUACAUCAUUUGGAAGAAAGACGGGGUGCCGCUGUCGGCCGGCAUCAGCGACUACAACCGCCGGCUGACCAUCCCCAGCCCCACGGGCAGCGACGCUGGCUACUACGAGUGCGAGGCUGUCCUGCGCAGCAGCAGCGUCCCCUCGGUCGUCCGUGGAGCCUACUUGUCUGUGCUGGAACCGCCUCAGUUUGUCAAGGAGCCCGAGAGACACAUCACGGCGGAGAUGGAGAAAGUGGUGGACAUUCCCUGUCGGGCCAAAGGUGUGCCACCGCCCUCCAUCACCUGGUACAAGGACGCGGCCGUGGUGGAGGUGGAGAGGCUGAACCGCUUCCGGCAGCGUGGCGACGGGGGCCUGCAGAUCAGCGGGCUGGUGCCCGACGACACGGGCAUGUUCCAGUGCUUCGCCCGCAAUGCGGCCGGCGAGGUGCAGACCUCCACCUACCUGGCCGUCACUAGCAUCGCCCCCAACAUCACCAGAGGCCCCUUGGACAGCACAGUGAUCGACGGCAUGUCGGUGGUACUGGCUUGCGAGACUUCGGGGGCGCCCCGGCCGGCCAUCACUUGGCAGAAAGGGGAGCGCAUCUUGGCCAGCGGCUCUGUGCAGCUGCCUCGCUUCACGCUGCUGGAGUCCGGCAGCCUGCUCAUCAGCCCCACGCACAUCUCCGACGCUGGGACCUACACCUGCUUGGCCACCAACUCUCGGGGGGUCGACGAAGCCUCGGCUGACCUGGUCGUGUGGGCCCGGACCCGCAUCACCAAGCCUCCCCAGGACCAGAGUGUCAUCAAGGGUACCCAGGCCUCCAUGGUGUGCGGAGUGACCCACGACCCCCGAGUGACCGUCAGGUACGUCUGGGAGAAGGAUGGGACCGCCCUGGGCAUGGAGAGCAACCCCCGCAUCCGUCUCGACAAAAACGGCUCACUGCACAUCUCGCAGACGUGGUCAGGGGACAUCGGCACCUACACCUGCCGCGUGCUGUCAGCCGGAGGCAACGACUCUCGCAGUGCCCACCUGCGCGUCAGGCAACUGCCCCACGCCCCCGAGCACCCCGUGGCGACGCUCAGCACCACAGAGAGACGGGCCAUCAACCUGACCUGGGCCAAGCCCUUCGACGGCAACAGCCCCCUGCUCCGCUAUCUCCUGGAGAUGUCAGAGAACAAUGCCCCCUGGACUGUGCUCCUGGCCAGUGUGGAUCCCGAGGCGACCUCAGUGAUGGUCAAGGGCUUGGUGCCCGCACGCUCCUACCAGUUCCGCCUUUGUGCGGUCAACGAUGUGGGGAAGGGACAGUUCAGCAAGGACACGGAGAGGGUCUCCCUCCCCGAGGAGCCCCCCACAGCCCCUCCACAGAACGUCAUCGCCAGCGGCCGGACCAAUCAGUCCAUCAUGAUCCAGUGGCAGCCGCCUCCGGAGAGCCACCAGAAUGGCCUUCUCAAGGGCUACAUCAUCAGGUACUGCCUGGCCGGGCUGCCCGUCGGGUACCAGUUUAAGAACAUCACGGAUGCGGACGUCAACAACCUGCUGCUGGAGGACCUCAUCAUCUGGACCAACUAUGAGAUCGAGGUGGCCGCCUACAAUAGCGCCGGGCUGGGUGUCUACAGCAGCAAAGUCACCGAGUGGACACUGCAGGGAGUCCCCACCGUCCCUCCUGGCAAUGUGCACGCAGAAGCCACCAACUCCACGACCAUCCGCUUCACCUGGAAUGCCCCCAGCCCCCAGUUCAUCAAUGGCAUCAACCAGGGCUACAAGCUGAUUGCCUGGGAGCCGGAGCAGGAAGAGGAGGUGACCAUGGUGACUGCCCGGCCCAACUUUCAAGACAGCAUCCACGUGGGCUUCGUGUCUGGCCUGAAGAAGUUUACCGAGUACUUCACCUCCGUGCUGUGCUUCACUACUCCUGGAGACGGGCCUCGGAGCACCCCCCAGCUGGUGCGCACCCAUGAGGAUGUGCCUGGUCCCGUGGGACACCUGAGCUUCAGUGAAAUCCUGGACACCUCCCUGAAAGUCAGCUGGCAAGAGCCAGGAGAGAAGAAUGGCAUCCUCACAGGGUACCGGAUCUCCUGGGAGGAGUAUAACCGAACCAACACCCGCGUCACCCACUACCUACCCAACGUGACCCUGGAGUACCGCGUCACGGGCCUCACCGCGCUGACCACCUACACCAUCGAGGUGGCCGCCAUGACCGCCAAGGGCCAGGGCCAGGUGUCCGCGUCCACCAUCUCCUCUGGGGUGCCUCCAGAACUCCCAGGGGCCCCCACCAACCUGGGCAUUUCCAACAUCGGCCCCCGCUCCGUGACCUUGCAGUUCAGGCCAGGCUACGAUGGGAAAACGUCCAUCUCGCGCUGGCUGGUGGAGGCCCAGGUAGGCGUGGUUGGGGAGGGAGAGGAGUGGCUGCUGGUUCACCAGCUCACCAACGAGCCUGAUGCCCGCUCCAUGGAGGUGCCCGAGCUCAACCCCUUCACCUACUACAGCUUCCGAAUGCGCCAGGUGAACAUCGUGGGCACUAGCCCACCCAGCCAGCCUUCUAGAAAGAUCCAGACGCUCCAGGCACCCCCUGACAUGGCCCCGGCCAAUGUGACCCUGCGCACGGCCAGCGAGACCAGCCUGUGGCUCCGCUGGAUGCCCCUCCCGGAGAUGGAAUACAACGGGAACCCCGAGUCGGUGGGCUACAAGAUCAAAUACAGCCGGGCAGACGGCCACGGCAAGACGCUGAGCCACGUGGUCCAGGACCGCGUGGAGCGUGAGUACACCAUCGAAGACCUGGAGGAAUGGACGGAGUACCGCGUCCAGGUCCAGGCCUUCAACGCCAUCGGGAGCGGGCCCUGGAGCCAGACGGUGAUGGGCAGGACCCGGGAGUCAGUCCCGUCCUCCGGCCCCACCAACGUGUCUGCGCUGGCCACCACGUCCAGCAGCAUGCUGGUGCGCUGGAAUGAGAUCCCUGAGGCCGACCGCAACGGGCUCGUGCUGGGCUACAAGGUGAUGUAUAAGGAGAAGGACUCGGAUUCCCAGCCCCGGUUCUGGCUGGUGGAAGGGAACUCGUCGCGCAGCGCCCAGCUCACAGGCUUGGGCAAGUACGUGCUCUACGAGGUCCAGGUGCUGGCCUUCACACGCAUCGGGGACGGCAGCCCCAGCCACCCGCCCAUCCUGGAGCGGACGCUGGAUGAUGUCCCGGGACCGCCCAUGGGCAUCCUGUUCCCAGAGGUGAGGACCACAUCCGUGCGACUUAUCUGGCAGCCCCCCGCUGCCCCCAACGGCAUCAUUCUUGCGUACCAGGUCACGCACCGGCUCAAUGCCUCCACGGCCAACGCCGCCACGGUGGAGGUGCUUGCCCCCAGCGCGCGCCAGUACACGGCCACCGGCCUCAAGCCCGAGUCCGUCUACCUGUUCCGCAUCACGGCCCAGACCCGCAAGGGCUGGGGGGAGGCCGCCGAGGCCUUGGUGGUGACCACUGAGAAGAGAGACCGCCCACAGCCCCCCAGCAAGCCGGUGGUGCAGCAGGAGGACGUGAAGGCGCGCAGCGUGCUGCUGUCCUGGGAGCCAGGGAGUGACGGGCUGUCCCCCGUGCGCUACUACACCGUCCAGACCCGCGAGCUGCCCGGCGGCAGGUGGGCGCUGCACUCGGCCUCCGUGAGCCACAACGCCUCUGCUUUCAUGGUGGACAGGCUCAAGCCUUUCACGUCCUACAAGUUCCGAGUGAAGGCCACCAAUGACAUUGGGGACAGCGAGUUCAGUGAAGAGUCGGAGCCGCUGACCACUCUGCAGGCCGCCCCCGAUGAAGCGCCCACCAUUGUGUCCGUGACACCCCACACCACCACCUCCGUGCUGAUCCGAUGGCAGCCACCUGCAGAGGACAAGAUAAACGGCAUCCUCCUGGGCUUCCGGAUCCGGUACCGGGAGCUGCUCUACGAGGGGCUGAGGGGCUUCACGCUGCGCGGCAUCAACAACCCGGGAGCCAAGUGGGCCGAGCUGACCUCCAUGUACGCCGUGCGGAACCUGAGCCGGCCCAGCCUCACACAGUACGAGCUGGACAAUCUGAACAAACACCGGCGGUAUGAGAUACGGAUGAGCGUGUACAAUGCCGUGGGGGAGGGGCCCUCGAGCCCCCCACAGGAGGUCUUUGUGGGGGAAGCAGUGCCCACGGCGGCGCCCCGUAACGUGGCUGUCCACGGCGCCACGGCCACGCAGCUGGAUGUGACGUGGGAGCCGCCACCGCUGGAGAACCAGAAUGGAGACAUCCAGGGCUACAAGAUUUAUUUCUGGGAAGCCCAGCGGCGCAACGUCACGGAGCGGGUGAAGACGCUUUUCCUGGCCGAGAACAGCGUGAAGCUCAAGAACCUGACCGGCUACACUGCCUACAUGGUCAGCGUGGCAGCCUUCAACGCCGCCGGGGACGGGCCUCGGAGCACCCCCACCCGGGGCCAGACCCAGCAAGCAGCCCCCAGCGCCCCCAGCUCUGUCAGGUUCAGUGAGCUGACCACGACCUCGGUGAACGUGUCCUGGGAGGCCCCGCAGUUCCCCAACGGUGUCCUGGAGGGCUACCGGCUGGUGUACGAGCCCUGCACCCCCGUGGACGGUGUCAGUAAGAUCGUGACCGUAGACGUGAAGGGAAGCAGCCCCCUGUGGCUGAAGGUGAAGGACCUGGCGGAGGGGAUGACCUACAGGUUCCGCAUCCGAGCCAAGACCUUCACGUAUGGGCCGGAGAUCGAGGCCAACGUUACCACAGGCCCCGGAGAAGGUGCCCCCGGGCCGCCCGGAGUGCCCAUCAUCGUGAGGUACAGCUCCGCCAUCGCCAUCCACUGGUCCAGCGGAGACCCUGGCAAAGGGCCCAUCACCCGCUACGUCAUCGAGGCCAGGCCAUCAGACGAGGGGCUAUGGGACAUCCUCAUCAAAGACAUCCCCAAGGAGGUGACCUCCUACACGUUCAGCAUGGACAUCCUGAAGCCAGGCGUGAGCUACGACUUCCGAGUCAUCGCCGUCAACGACUAUGGCUUCGGCACCCCCAGCAGCCCCUCCCAGUCUGUGCCAGCCCAGAAAGCCAACCCUUUCUACGAGGAGUGGUGGUUCUUGGUGGUCAUUGCCCUCGUUGGCCUCAUCUUCAUCCUGCUUCUGGUCUUUGUGCUCAUCAUCCGAGGCCAGAGCAAGAAGUACGCCAAGAAGACGGACUCUGGGAACAGUGCCAAGUCUGGUGCCCUUGGCCACGGGGAGAUGAUGAGCUUGGAUGAAAGCAGUUUCCCUGCCCUGGAACUCAACAACCGGAGGCUCUCUGUCAAGAAUUCCUUCUGCCGGAAGAACGGCCUGUACACCAGGUCCCCUCCCCGGCCCAGCCCUGGCAGCCUCCACUACUCCGACGAGGACGUCACCAAGUACAAUGACCUCAUCCCGGCAGAGAGCAGCAGCCUGACCGAGAAGCCCUCAGAAAUCUCCGACUCUCAGGGAAGCGACAGUGAGUACGAGGCCGACCCCACCCACCAGAAGGCCCACUCCUUUGUCAACCACUACAUCAGCGACCCCACGUACUACAACUCGUGGCGGCGGCAGCAGAAGGGCAUCUCGCGGGCCCAGGCCUACAGCUACACGGAGAGCGACUCUGGCGAGCCGGACCACGCCACCGUGGCCAACAGCAGCGGCGCCCAGCAGGGCAGCCUCUUCCGGCCCAAGGCCAGUCGGACCCCAACGCCCCAGAACCCCCCGAACCCCCCGAGCCAGCAGAGCACCCUCUACCGCCCCCCCAGCAGCCUCACCCCCGGCUCCCGGGCUCCUAUAGCAGGAUUUUCCUCGUUUGUUUGACGUCGUCCUCGUCGGAAGGGGGAGAAGAGAGAAAAAAACAGCACCAACCGCCCCCCCACCCGCCCCUCCCCGCACUGCCUGCCAGAAAACAAAAACACCAAGAAACCAAGUCAACUUUUCACCUCCUGAGUUUAUUUUUCCAGAGAUUCCAGGGCCAGCAGAGCCGGUGUUGAGAAGGACGAGAAGGAAGCCACGAGGGAGGCCGUGUGUGGCCGGCGCCUGGUUGGCUCCAGAUUGUGGGGUCCACUGCUCCCUUUGCGAACGGUGCAGGGUCGGGGGGCCUGGGAGAGCAGGGGGGCAGCGAGAAAGCAGAGGCCUGGAGAGCUGCGAGGCAGCGUGGCUGAGGGGACCAGAAGCUUCUGGAAGUCCUGACAGCUGCCCCUUCCACGUGCACUGGGGUCCCGGGCCCAUUGCUGGCUGGUGGCGUGCAAGGCUGGGCAUCCCUGGGGGGGGGGGCAAGCUCACCUACUCUCUCCACACCCCCCACCCCUCCGCGUGCAUCACUGGAAGGCCUCGGACGGCCCCCUGGCCUGCUCCUCUGUCCCCUCUGCUCUGCUGUCCUGUCUCCUCCCUGGCUCAACGUCUCCACCAAGCACUUGGUUUAUUUAGAGAAAGGAAAAUAAGGAAGGGGUGAGGGUCUGCGUAGCUAGCUCUUUGUUUCUUACAAACUGUUUUCAUUGUGAAUCCAAGGAAGAGCCCCCCACAGCACCUCGGGAGAGCAGAGGGACAGGGCACUGGCCAGGCAUCACCGGGAUAACUGGGCCCUAAUGCAAGAAGUGAAGAAUGUAAGAAAGAAGCUUGGCUUCCCUCUUUCUUCGAAUUUAGGUUCCUCCUGCGUCCUCCGUAAAGGAAGCAGCCUAGACAAGGAAGUUCAGUGGGACUGGAGAGCUAGGCAGGGGUGAGGACUGGCCAUCUAGGCAGACACACCCCUGUCCCUGGAUAGACCCCCUCCUCCCAAGACACACACAAGCUCCCCCCCUACCCAGCAUUUGCAAGGAGGAGGGUCUAGGGAUCCUCUCCAAGAGAAAUCCCUUUGGGUCCUAGCCACACGGGACACUCACGUCCAGAUGUGUGUCCCUCUUCCUCUCAACCCAGAGCGAUCCAUGUCUAAAACACGCCCCCCCCCCCGCCCCUGCCAAGCACAGGGGUGCAGAAGCCCGGAGGGGUGGGCCAAGCCCCUGGUCUAGAGGCCAGAGCUCCCAGCAUUUGCCCAGUCGGCCCGGUGCCCGGUUUGCAAAGAGUCAACCCCCCAGCCAGGUCUUCCAGGCUCUGCUCAGCCUCGCCAGGGCUCGGAGCAAGGAGGGGCCCCGUCCGAACUGGACACAGCUCCUGAGAUGCACAGCCAGGCCGGGAGGAGCAGGUCAGAUGGGACCAAGGACAAGAAUAGCUGACGGGAAGCAGGGCUUUUACACACAAUCUGCUCCAAGGAAUGUUCUUUAGAAAAAGCCACUUGGAGUGGCCUGAACCUUCCCUCCAGCCCCCGGAUGAAGGGAUCAAGGGAAGAACCUCUCUGUCGGAUUCUCUGAGUGCCCCUGGCUGGUCCUGCCCCACAGUUUGGGGUGGACGGCAGCCCCUGGGAGAGAAGAGGGUCCUGCAGGGACACGUUCAGUUCAGCGUGGGGCCCCUUCGGGGGACAGGGCUCUCUGGGGGUGCCGCACACGGGCCCCAUCUCCGUGUGAGGGGAACAGUUAGGGGAGACCUGAGAGGAGGAUCUGGGAGGCAAGCCCAGGAAAGCGAGGGUCCACACCCGGCCCCACAGCACCCCCACAUCAGCUGAGGGGGAUGGGAGCAGAGCCAGGGGCCCGAGGGCAGGGCACACCUCCCGGGGCGCUCAGCCCCUGGGGGUUGCUGGUCGAGGUCUCCGCAGCCCCGGCCCACACAUGGGCUUCUCCACAAAGGGGCUCUGGGGAGGGAAGCACCCUGGCCCGGCCUGCCCUGCACACAGCUGGCGUCUCCAUGGCAGCACAUCUGCUGCGCACCCCCCCCCCACCUUGUGUGAUCUCACACUUUUCAUCUCAUCUUUUUUUUUUUUUUAACAACUUCAUCCUUUCCCUUAUCUGCUGUGUGUUUCGCCAUUUAUGGAAGUUCACAGUUUGCAUUUGGGGAUGAAAUUGAGCCCAGCCCAGUGAGGA